AUGGUGUCCGGUGGUAUGCGUCACGAGGGGCACGGGGGUCUUGGCUUAAUCGCCUGGGCCGCGUGGGAUGGAUGGUCGAGGGGAACUCGACCAUUAGCGGCAAAACUCUGGGAAACAGGCGCACCCAGUUUUAUAAAGCCUUCCACACGUGCAGGGGGCACCGCGUGUGGCGACGUUUAUGUCCCCCUUACUCGUGGGAACAACAUGGACCACAAUAAAACAACAAAAGAAAAACCUGGACGAGGUGGUCAAAUCUCGUCCUUGGAAGACUCUUCGGAGUCUAACGAAACCCCUGCCCGGAAGGUAUCCACUGAGGAGACCUCCCAACACCCAGCACAGGAGGACGUCACAUCGAUGACCUCCACUCCUCCCUCAACCCUGGAGGCUGCCACCCAGGCGACCUCCAGCUCCCUAACCCCAACGGGCGCACCGACGCCUGUUGCUCCCGAAACUGACCCCUCGUCAAAACCCGGCACAUCUGAGGAUCUCUCUCGAGACUCGGACGUGUCUGAUCUGGCCUCGGAUUUCUCGAAGGUUAAGGUGAAAAGGCCCUGUGGUGCUGAAAGGAAGAGGAGGAAGAAAGAGAGGGAAAAGGAAGCAAUCAAAGCGCCUUCGUCCUCUCAGGGAACUUCCUCGAAAUUCCUUGGCGCGAAAACAGUGGCCGAGAGACGGCCUAAGGAUGACCUUAGGGGAGCGCAAGGGAAACCUGGAAGGGGCUGUCAAGGCCAAGAACAAUGCGUCAGGAAUGACGCAAUCAACAAAACGGAGCCGCACGCCGGGUUCCACACCGACUGA